UUUCAUUCUUUUUUUAUGGGAGGGGGAGUUUAAUUUUAGCUGCUUUUGCAUCCCUCUUCUCUUUAAAGUGAAAGGACCUUUGGAGAGGAAUGCAGAGGUAAAGUGAGAACGGGGGGAAUCAGGAGAGGACGAGAAGCUGGGAGCCCGGCUUGCAAAUCACGCCAUCUUGACCUGAGGAGCUGCCUGCGAGCCUCCGGCCGCUGGUCGCCGUCCUGCUGUCUCUCGGGGCUUCCAAUGGUCUAACUUGGACAAGAUGAUGUGCGAGGUGAUGCCCACCAUAAACGAGGACAAUCGCCGGGGCUCCCAGUAUGGGUCGGACGACGCCAACUUCGAGCAGCUGAUGGUGAACAUGCUGAACGAGCGCGAACGCCUACUGGAAAGUCUGAGGGAGACCCAGGAGAGCUUGUCCGGUGCUCAGCUCCGUCUGCGCGAGCUGGGCCACGAGAAGGAGUCACUGCAGAGACAGCUCAGCAUCGCCUUGCCCCAGGAGUUUGCCGUCCUCACGAAGGAACUCAACUUGUGCCGAGAGCAACUUCUGGAGAGGGAGGAGGAGAUCGCAGAGCUGAAGGCGGAGAGGAACAACACGCGGCUACUGCUGGAGCACCUGGAGUGCCUGGUGUCGCGGCACGAACGCUCCCUCAGGAUGACGGUGGUGAAGCGCCAGGCCCAGUCUCCCGCCGGCGUCUCCAGCGAGGUCGAGGUGCUCAAGGCCCUGAAGUCUCUCUUCGAACAUCACAAAGCUUUAGAUGAGAAGGUUCGGGAGAGACUGCGAGUGGCUCUGGAAAGGGUCUCAAUUCUGGAAGAGGAGUUGGAAUCAACAGCCCAGGAUAGGCUGGCGAACGGUACGGCGCUGUCCGGUGACGGUGACUCCGAGUGCCACGACCUGAUCGAGAGGCAGAGCACAGAGCUGCUGCAGAUGAGGGAGCGGCUGGCCGUCCUGUGCCGGAAGGUGGCCGAGGUGGAGGACGAGCUCAGUACUGCGCGCAAGGAUCUCAUCAAGUCAGAGGAGGCCAACACCAAGCUCCAGCGGGAUUUGAAAGAGGCCUUAGCACAACGGGAGGACAUGGAAGAGAGAAUAACAACCCUGGAGAAACGUUACCUCAGCGCCCAGCGGGAAGCGACAUCUCUGCACGAUGCUAACGACAAGCUGGAGAAUGAGCUGGCGAGCAAGGAGUCCCUCUACAAACAGAGCGAAGACAAGAACCGCCAGCUCCAGGAGUGGCUCGACUCCUCCAAGCAGAAGCUUCAGCAGACCCUACGGAAGGCAGAGACCCUGCCCGAGGUGGAGGCGGAACUGGCUCAGCGCGUGGCCGCCCUCAACAAGGCUGAGGAGAGGCAUGGCAACAUAGAGGAGCGGCUGUGCCAACUAGAAGCAGAGCUGGAGGAGAAGAACCAGGAGCUACAAAGGGCUCGGCAGAGGGAGAAAAUGAAUGAUGAGCACAACAAGCGUCUGUCCGAAACUGUCGACAAACUGCUCUCCGAGUCCAAUGAGCGGCUGCAGCUGCACCUGAAGGAGAGGAUGGCCGCGCUGGAGGAGAAGAAUACGCUCAGUCAGGAGCUGUCUAACGUCAAAAAAGCCCAUGAAGAGGUGCUGAUGAACAAGGAGCAGCUGAUGACAGAGGUGGAGAGGAUGCAGACGGAGCUGGAACAGCUACGGACGAAGGCCGGGGUCCGCGAUGCUUAUUCCAGGUCCCUCCCGGGCAGUGCAUCAGAGCUACGCUAUUCCCACAGCUCUGGAGUUUCGAUGAGCAGUCACGUGGACAUCUAUAGCACCACUGGGGUCCUUCGGAGGCCCCACAAAGGCCGCUGGGCAGCUCUGAAGGAUGAUCCUUCCAAGGUGCAGACUCUGAACGAACAGGAGUGGGAGCGAGCCCAACAGGCCAACGUCCUGGCGAACGUGACCCAGGCCUUCGAGAGCGACGUUGAUGGUUCGGACAUCGAUGAUGACGACAGGGAGACGAUAUUCAGCUCUGCUGACAUCCUGUCUCCCAGCGGCCAGACAGAUGUUCAGACACUCGCUCUGAUGCUCCAGGAGCAGCUGGAAGCCAUCAACAAGGAAAUCCGGAUGAUUCAGGAGGAGAAGGAGACAACGGAACUGCGGGCAGAAGAAAUCGAGAGUCGGGUGGGCAGCGGGACCCUGGAGGGACAACAAUCCGGCCGCUACCGCACGGCCGCUACCCUCCCGCACUCGGUGACUGCCUCCACCCUCGCCAGCCCCUCACCUCCCAACAGCGGGCACUCCACCCCCAGGAUGACUCCGCACAGCCCAGCCCGAGAGUGUGACCGGCUCAGCAUUGGGAACGCGAACUCCCUGAGUCGGGAAGACUCCCGCGAAGACAAGACCACCAUCCAGUGCGAGACGUCCCCUCCGCCAACCCCUCGCGCCGUGCGACUGGAACGGGUCACUCAGGCUCUGCAGGCCAGCGCUCUGGAUGACGGCCGCGAACCUCGCAGUCUGUCAGGUUUCCAUGACGGCCUGGGCAGCAGUAGCAGCAACAGCAGUCAGGACUCCCUGCACAAGGUGCCCAAGAAGAAGAGCAUCAAGUCGUCGAUUGGCCGGCUGUUUGGAAAGAAGGAGAAAGGUCGCCUGGGGCACGGGGUCAGAGACUCUCCGUCACAAGCAGGGACAUCAGACACAGAGGUCUCUCCGCAAGACACCCUGGGGCUCUCAAAACUGGGAGGACCGGUGGACAAAGACCGAAGGAAUAAGAAAAAGCAUGAGCUGCUGGAAGAAGCUUGUCGCCAGGGACUCCCGUUUGCCUCCUGGGAUGGACCCACCGUCGUGGCGUGGCUGGAGCUGUGGGUUGGAAUGCCGGCCUGGUACGUGGCUGCCUGCAGGGCCAACGUCAAGAGCGGGGCCAUCAUGUCAGCCCUGUCCGACACAGAGAUCCAGCGGGAGAUCGGGAUCAGUAACCCCCUGCACAGGCUCAAGCUCCGCCUGGCCAUCCAGGAAAUGGUGUCUCUCACCAGCCCCUCGGCCCCCACCACAUCGCGAAUGAACACGGGCAACGUGUGGGUGACCCACGAGGAGAUGGAGUCCUUGGCUGCAGCCACGAAGACGGAAGCCAAGGAAAUCAGCUGGGACCAGAUCUUGGCCCACGGAGACAUGAACCACGAGUGGGUGGGAAACGACUGGCUUCCCAGCCUUGGCUUGCCGCAGUACCGCAGUUACUUCAUGGAGUCUCUGGUCGACGCCCGCAUGCUGGACCAUCUCACCAAGAAAGAACUUCGCGGCCAGCUGAAGAUGGUGGACAGUUUCCACAGGAUCAGUCUCCACUACGGCAUCAUGUGUCUGAAGCGGCUAAACUACGACAAGAAGGAACUGGAGAGCAAACGGGAGGGGAGCUUGUCACAGGUGAAGGACGUAAUGGUGUGGACAAAUGACCGGAUGAUGGCGUGGGUCCAGGCGAUCGGGCUGAAGGAAUACAGCAAUAACCUUCAGGAGAGUGGGGUGCACGGAGCUCUCAUCGCCCUGGACGACACCUUCGAUCACAACGACAUCGCGCUGUUGCUGCAGAUCCCAAUGCAGAACACGCAGGCUCGCCAGAUAUUGGAAAAUGAAUUCAACAACCUCUUGCUUCAAGGAACAGACAGACGACAUGAAGAGGGUGACGCCAAGAACUUCAGUCGAGCCCCGUCGUGGCGCAAGCGGUUCCGAGCAAAGGAGAUGCGUGAUAUGACGUCAGACACGUCGGAAACGCUCCCCGCCAACUUCCGGGUGACGGCAGCAGCCAUUGCUUCACAGAGCGUCCAGCUGCGGAAGGUGCAGGCAGACAGUGCCGCCUCAGGGACUCCGCGGGCCGACACCCCAUCAAUCCGGACGUAUUCAUGCUAACAGCACUCAGCAGAUUCUGAGUGUUGGGUCGAGCAGCUGUCGGGGUGUGUGCACCAUCACAGGAAGGAGCAACGAGCAAGCAAACCUCAUCCGAUUGCUGAGAGCAAAAGACUUUCUUCGUGUCGAGGACGAGCAGGCGAGAGCCCAGAGAGACUCCGAGAUCACGAUUGCGACGCUGCCUUGUUUUUUGUUCUCCUGUUACUCUGUGGGUUCCAGAUCAGAGCUCGGGGCCCCUACAGUGCAGAGCCUGUCUGGCUUGUUCAGGUGGCUGGCAGGGUGCACGCUGAUGGAGAAGGUCCACACCGGUUUAAAGCGUCAUUCGGUUCGGGAUGUAAAUAGAACGACCCUGCUCCCAUACUCCCUCUCCGAGGCUGGGGUUUUAUUCGUGUGAGUGUGAGUAUGUGUGUGUGUGAAUUUCAAAGACUUCCGUGCUGAAGACCUUGAACUUUAUUUUUCAAACCCGUUGCCUGCCCUAAGCAUUUAGAAUUGGACAUCUCCCCACCCCACCCCCUCCCACCCACUGUACCUGGACAGCAGUCUUGAGAGGGGCACGAGUAAAGGGCAACCAGGAACAGCGACUAGCUCUUCGAAAUUGUCACUUCAGCUGUCCGCAGACCGCCGGGGGCUCUUCUCCGUACCUGACUCCUGCUCUCCCUGACCUGAGAGCGUGUGACGGGUCGGUGUAGCGGGAGCUUUACUCUGUCCUUCGCCCUGCUCUGGGAUCGCUCGGUGCUGUUCUGGCCCCUGGAGCUAGAUGGUCGGGUCCCUGGGCGCCGCGGGUUCAGGAGCGAUGGGGACGGGUUCUGGCCACAGGCUCCAAAGAGAGUGCGGUGCUAAAACCAGCUAAGUCUGGAGCAAGGCGUAGAUGUUAGUUAGCCUCUGCCUGGGGCUUGGCGCAGCCUCACCCACUCUCGUCGCUCCCCCUCCUGUGGCCACUGACUGCUGCCUUAACCCCCCGCAGCUCGGGCUGUGCUGCCCCAGGUACAAAUUCAAUUGGCCACGGAGUAUUGUUGAGGUGCUGUCACUGACUGGUUACAUUUAAUACCUCCCCCACUCCUCACCAGUGCCGUGCGCAGCGGAACCUUGGUUUUAUUUAUAUCGAUAUUGAGCAUGCGUGUGUCUCAAGGACUCUCCCGUUUAAGGAAGUUUUGUCUCCGGAGCACGGGAUCCUGUUGUCCGAGGGGGUGGAGUGGGUUCCCGCUGGGAAGCAGAGGCAACGGCCUGGUCAGCUGUCCCCAGUCCCCGAGAUUGCCUUGUGCAUCCCACCGGGACCAGGAGAACAGCACGACAGGGGCCUCUCCUCUGGCUGAUAAAACAGGGUAACUGCGGAGGAAAUCAUCCCUCUCCCUGUUGCAGAUCACUUCCCCCUCCCUCGGCAACCUUCUAAUGCCCCUGCUCUACCCUCCCUCUACCCCCAGCACAUCUCAUGCUGAAACCACGGUAGCCUGAGGGAGUCCUCGUGUGAAGUAUGGCCAGUUUAAUUCUUGUUGUACAUGUAAAUCAGGCUUUGCUGUUAACGCAUUGAAUGGUUUCAAACCUUUCAGUGUUUCUUUUGUAAAUGGACAAUUACUGUAUUUAUUUAACUUGUGCAAUGUUCUGUCAUUGUUCUGGAACAUUCUUUGACUUUUUUUUGUUCAUUUUUACUCUUUACUUGGAACGAGGAAAAGACUCUCCCUUUUUAUAUGUCAGCCCGACGCACUUCAUCGUCACGUCUAUUUUUUAUUUAAUUUAUUAGUGCCACGCGCGUUUCCAGGUGAGUGAAAUUGUAUUUAAUGUAUUUACAUAAAGGUAU